UUUUGCUCCAAUUUAAAGGCGCCUUUGGAAAACAUUUUUCCCACCCUCCUCUUCUUUUUCCUCCUCCUCCAGACUUUCUAGAAGUUUCCCCGGAGGGCUUAUAUAGCCCCCACUUCUGCAGCCGCUUUGCAGACAGAGCAAGGCGUUGAUCCGGAGUGAAACCCCUUUUGCAGCUUUAUUAUUUUUUUGGUCUGGUUUUGCAUUCUUUGCAUUCCUCUUUUUGUUUUGCUGCAGGAAUCUCCUUGAAGAAUGAAAAAGGGAAACGUUGAACACACUAAGAAAAAGUUUCCAGAUCCAGAUUGGUGCUAUAUCCAAUGGAAGCCAUGUGGCUGAUCAAACUCCUAGCGCUUGCUGCUCUCGUCGCUGCCGUCCCUCCAGAUGCUAAGAAGUCAAGUGAGAAGAAAGCCGCUGCAGGAGAGAAGAAGCCGAGCGAGAAGAAAGCUGCUGCAGCAGAGAAGAAGCUGAGCGAGAAGGCCACCACCUUGGCAGACCGUAGUGCUGCCCUGGCUUUCAACCUCUACCAUGUCAUGGCCAAGGACAAGAACAUGGAGAACAUCCUGGUCUCUCCAGUGGUGGUGGCCUCUUCCCUGGGGCUGGUGUCCCUUGGAGGCAAGGCCACCACCGCCUCCCAGGCCAAGGCCCUGCUCAGUGCCGACAAACUCAACGACGACUACCUCCACAGCGGCCUGGCAGAGCUCCUGAGCGAUGUGAGCGACUCAGAGGCACGCAACGUCACAUGGAAGAUGGGCAGCCGCCUCUACGGCCCCAGCUCCAUCAGCUUCGCCGACGACUUCGUCAAGAGCAGCAAGAAGCAUUACAACUGCGACCACUCCAAGAUCAACUUCCGGGACAAGCGGAGUGCCCUCAAGUCCAUCAAUGAGUGGGCCGCCCAGACCACCGAUGGCAAGUUGCCAGAGGUCACCAAAGACGUGGAGAAGACCGACGGGGCCCUGAUUGUCAACGCCAUGUUCUUCAAGCCUCACUGGGAUGAGAAAUUCCACCACAAAAUGGUAGACAACCGUGGCUUUAUGGUGACUCGGUCCUACACAGUUGGCGUUCCUAUGAUGCAUCGCACAGGACUAUACAAUUACUUUGCUGACGAGGCGGAGAAUUUGCAGAUAGUGGAGAUGCCGCUGGCCCACAAGCUCUCCAGCAUGCUCUUCAUCAUGCCAAACCAUGUGGAGUCUCUGGAGCGAGUGGAGAAGCUGCUGACCCAGGAACAACUGAAAACCUGGCUGGGCAAGAUGAAGCAGCGGGCAGUGGCCAUCUCCUUGCCCAAGGUCAGCCUGGAGGUCAGCCACGACCUGCAGAAACACUUGGCCGAUUUGGGUCUAACUGAAGCCAUUGACAAAAACAAGGCAGACCUCUCCAAGAUUUCAGGCAAGAAGGACCUCUACCUCUCCAACGUCUUCCAUGCGGCGGCUCUGGAGUGGGACACGGAAGGGAACCCCUACGAGGGGGACAUCUACGCCCGGGAAGAGAUGAAGAGCCCCAAGCUCUUCUACGCUGACCACCCGUUCGUUUUCGUCAUCAAGGACAAUAAGACCAAUUCGAUCCUCUUCAUUGGCCGGCUAGUCAGGCCCAAAGGAGACAAAAUGCGGGAUGAGUUGUAGUGGUAGAGUGGGUUGCGUAUAGAUAGAUGUAUUUGUUGGUUUGUUUUGUAGAAAUCGAGACGGUAAAAAUGAUGCUGUGUGCCUUUUUAUAAACUGGUGCUCACAGGCCAUUUUCUCACUAAGGUUGCAUUUGCACAGGAAUAAGCCCAGCUGAAGUCAGCAGGACUUACUUCUGUGUAAACCAGGGGUAGGAAGAGCCCAAUAAUGCAUUAGGAGGCCCAGCUCAGAUGGAAGCCUCCAUGUCAGGAAGUGGUAUUAUUACACUUAUUUAUACCCCACUUUUCUCCCCCCAAAGGGACUCAUGCUGUCCUGUAUCUUGCCCACCCUGAGGACCUCACAAAAAUCAACUAAAUGGUCCAUCUGGCAUUCAUUUGGGACUUGAUAGAUGCUCUAACCCAUAUUGCAGUAGGAGAGCAAUCCUCAAUAGCCCCUUCCCAUGAAGCCAGAGAGCUUGAAGGGUAAAUAUGACUAUCUUCAUAGAAAUGGAAGAAUAUGGCAGGCCUCCCAUCCACUUUGUACCACCAAGAGUCAAGCUAUAACAGUAAAGUGCAGUGGUUCCCAAUCUUUCGUCCUCAAAGGCUUUGGAUUUCAGCUCUCAGAAUUCCCAACAGUUUGCCAAGACAGCCGAAGCUUCUGGGAGUUGGAAGUCCCAAAUACAUGGACUAGAGUUCAGGAAUCGCUGCUCUAGGCAAAGCUAUCACCAGAUGACAUUAUGGGCUCAAGAGCAAAUGUACAAGGGUCCUAUGAUCCCUUGCUAAUGACUAGGCUGCCUGAAGCUGAUGGGGACGGUUAGUCCAGCAAUAUUUGGAAAGCUGUACUUGCCCAACCUAGCUCUAAAUUGUGGCCUCUCUGCUCUUGCAAAAUUGGUGCCAUUGUUUUUAAAAGUGACGAAUGCAAAACCAGCCUUCUAGAGAAAAAUGUUCAUUCUGACCAUUGUUGGGAUUGCAGUGGGUAACCCUUUCCUGUAUGGAACAGAAUGGAGUUGGAUUGGAAAUAGCACUUGUAUUCUCUUCUGACUUUUGUAUUUUUAACUUUCAAUUUGACUUCCACCUUAUUUUCAAUAGCCCUGUUCAAGUCUUGCAGACUCAGGGCUCUCGUUUUGCUGUCCUUCUGCCUUAAAGUUAGCUGGUGCCAAAGACUUUCUGCCUCCCAAGUUAACAUUCCCCUUACUGUGUUGUUAAACCAAGAGCAAGGGCGGGCUAGACUCAGGAAUAGCCUUUAUAAAUGUGAAAUAUGAAUGCAAAAGCCUAAAUCCCCUGGACUCUGCUGCCUUUGGGAGCAUGGCCUCAAUUUUAAGGUGCGGCACAUAAAAGUGAAUGCUAACAGAAAUCCAAUCUACACACCGAAGUUUGGUGCUAUUUUUCAGGUUAGAGUGGGAGGGUGAACAGGGCAAAAGCUUCUUUCUGAGAUGAUGGCUGCUAAUGCCAGGUGCCUCGUUUUGUUACCCCACAAGCAUUUUUUGUUGUACAAUUUUUGCAAUAAAAUGUUUUCCAAAA